CAAUCAAAAGGCUCGUGAAAAAUUACCAUGGUAAAGUAUCCAUUGUAAGACAAUGGCGUCUGGCGUUUGCAAAUGGUGAGUGAAUGAAACAGUCCCAAUUACGAGCAAGAUAGACGCUACGGAAAGACACGGAAAGUUUAGCUUGCACUACAUCUGUGAAUUAAGAGACUGCUGGAGAGUGAUACGAGAUAACAUCACAAGCUAACAGAAGCGGAAUCAACCGGCAUGACAUCGCUAAAGAAGCCCAAACCACCGCCUUUGGUACUAUCCAAUCCAAAUGCUCAAUACUGGCCAGUACUUAGUCCUCUUGCAGAGUUUGCGGCUAUCGCAACAAGUCCUGAAAGCCCAUUGGUCAAAAAGAUGUCAUGUGAUUAUGAAUCGAGUAGUAGCGUGUUCAAGCUUCCUAGUCUUGAACAUGUCACAUCAGAUUUUACAACGCAUAACGACAGUCGUUCAUUCACUCUGCCGACUGCGAUGUUGUGGGAAAGAAUCCAAGAAUACUCAGCGACGUUUGCAGGUGACUCUGGUGGCACAGCAACCCAAGACAACCGUGAAGAAUACCCAGCUUUUCGAAGAUACAAGUGGGAUGUUAAAUCAACGAUGACAACCUCCGCACGAUUUCGACCUCACAACUUGAAAGAAAAGGAAGUGAAACGCGAGAGUCGUUUCGAUGAAAUACCGCCGACUUACACACCUUGGUCUAAGUAUGACGUCAAGGACGCAGCGAACAGUCCCAGGCCCCCUUGUCGUGAAUUGCAACUGGAUGACGUAACAAGGAACCAAAGUUUCUUUGAUAACUCAACCAAAGUGGAACGUCCAUCAGCACUUUUUGAUUUGGAUUCUGCAGCGCAAGCCUUGAGUAAUAUGGCUAAGAGAAAAGAAGAGCGCGUCGAAUAUCAAAGAAGAAUCGACUCCACCCUACAGAUUGUAAAACGAAAAGGAAAGCGAACGAGAAAAACGAAGAACACGAAUUCGAACGCACGUAGACCGAUGAACGCGUUUAUGCUCUUUGCAAAACGUUACCGGCUCGAAAUCACGCAAAAACAUCCGGGAAAGGAUAACAGAGCCAUAAGUGUCAUUCUUGGUGAUGAGUGGCGAUCGCUGAGUUCAGAAGCGCGCAAAGUCUACAUUAUGGAGGCAAAAACUUUGGCCGAAGAACACAAGAGAAUUUAUCCGGACUGCUGGAAACGCAAACGGACUCAAAUGUCCUCAAGAGGCAACAGGAAGCACUAGUUAGGAAAGUUGACGAAAUGUAUGUAUAUAUAAACAGCACAAUACCUACACCAACUAUAGCUAGUAUUUUUGGUUUCUCUAACGAUAAGUUACGCACCUCAUCGUGACUUUAAGGCACACAUAAUGUAAAUAGAUAAAUUUCAACAAAAACGAAUGAAGUUGGACGUGGCUA